AUGGCUUCUCUUUCUCUCUCAGUUCCCUAUGCCAUUCUUCCAAGCAUUCAACAAACACACCUUAUUGAUGAUGAUGAUGAUCCUAUAACUGUUGACCGAAGCAUCUUCAAUUUAGCAGAGAAGAAGCGUUAUGAGUGGAAGAACAUGUUGAAGGAUCAUGUUGGAGCAUGGUGUAUUGGUUCUUCUCAUGGUUGGAUUGGAUUUUUGGAUCAGAAUGGAGUUCCAUUCCUUCUAAAUCCUUCUUCUUCUACUACUAUUAACUUACCACCUCUUCCUCUUUCAUUCUUGCACCCUCUCACAUAUUCUUACUUUGCUGAACACUUGAGGAAAACCUUCAUAGUCAAAGCAAUCUUGAUGUGUUAUUCCUCUUCUUCAAGCUACACUCUUGCUAUCAUAUAUGGUUGCAACUAUAAGAUUGCUUAUUGCAACUCUACAACUUGGGUUGAACUCUCUAAUGAUAGACAAUCUUAUUGUGAUAUUGUGUUCACCAACAACCAUCUUUAUGCCUUGACACAAGAUGGUUCUAUUGAAGUUUGGAAUAUUUCUGGGCCAAUUCCUACAAGAUGGAUUUUUUUAACACCAACUAUGGAGGUGAAUUAUGAAGAGGAGAGACCAUAUCUUGGAGAUAACUUCUCAACAAAUUUGUAUUUGGUGGUAUCUGGGGAAGAUAUCUUGCUGGUAAAAAGGUUUAUUGGGAAUUUUGUUAAUGAUGAUGGGUUGGUAGUAGAAGAAGGAGAUCUUUUAUCCUCUGAAGAUACACAACCAUUGAUUUGUCCUUAUAGAACAAAAUAUUUUACUGUUUAUAAGCUUGAUAUUGAAGACAAGAAGUGGAAAAAGAUGAAAUCUUUACAUGAUAAAAUUCUGUUCUUGGGUGCUAAUGAAUCUGUAUCAAUGGAUGUUAAAGCUUGUUUGGGGUGUGAAGCAAAUUCAAUCUACUUCACAGAUGAUAGAUGGGAAGAGAUGAAUUUGGACUACAUGUAUGGUGGACAUGAUUGGGGUGUUUUUAAUCUUCAAGAGAAAUAUGUUAAGAGCCUCAUACAAUGUGCAGAUAGGAUUGAUCCUCCACCAAUUUGGGUAGUUCCAGUUCCACAGGAUUGUAAUAACUUGCAUGCAUAA